UGGAUCCAACAUGGCGGCCAACGCCACCACCAACCCGUCCCAGCUCCUGCCCCUCGAGCUUGUGGACAAAUGCAUAGGUUCACGCAUCCAUAUUGUGAUGAAGAGUGAUAAAGAAAUCGUUGGAACACUUCUAGGAUUUGAUGACUUUGUUAAUAUGGUAUUAGAAGAUGUUACAGAAUUUGAGAUUACACCUGAGGGCAGAAGAAUCACGAAGCUAGACCAGAUUUUGCUAAAUGGAAAUAACAUAACAAUGCUGGUUCCUGGAGGAGAAGGACCUGAAGUAUAAAUUGAUACACUAAAAGAUGUCUUCUGCUAACUGGGUCUUAGCUCAAAGUACCAGGAGAACUUGCUUUAGCCUGCUAGAGAAGAAAGAAACUCCUUCCUCAGUCCCAGGGAGUGUGCUGCUUUGGAUUCAUUUGUUCUGAAUCUGCAAUUGCAAUGUUUAGAUUGCCCAGUGACAAUAUAUACCAUCAACUCCCUGAAUGGAUUUUCUUUUGUGCCCCCAUUUCCUUCUCCAGCUUUCUUAAAUCAAUUUUAAAUCUAUAU